CUUCUUCUUCUUCUUCUUCUUCGAGUUUCAGGAGAUAUGGUAAUGUCCAGCCACUGAGAUUUCUGCGUCGUUUUGCGUGUAGUUGUUUUUGCUCGAAUUUUUCGGCGGUUGCGGCGGAGGUUGCUGGCCAAUCGAUUGAUGUUCGGUCGUUUCAAGUGAAGUUCGAAUCGGCGGAUGGAAUCGAUCUGGAACUCCGGCGGAGAGCCUAGCGCGUGGCAUUUCAUUGUCGCCGUCUACUUCGCCUUUGGGUUCGUGACUGUGAGGUUUUUCCUCGAUAGAUGCGUCUUCCGUAAGUUGGCCAUCUGGUUGUUGAGCAGAAGAAAAACUUUGCUGAAACACGAUAAGAAAACAAGUGAAAAAAUAGUGAAAUGUUCAGAGUCCUUGUGGAAGUUGACAUACUAUGGCACCAUAGAGUUUUGUGUUUUGAUAACUGCCUACCGUGAGCCUUGGUUCAAUGAUGUAAAGCAGUACUUCAGAGACUUACUGGACCAAGAGCUGAAGCUCCCUUUGAAACUUAUCUACAUGUGCCAAUGUGGGUUCUACAUGUAUGGCAUUGCUGCACUCCUUGUAUGGGAAACUCGACGGAAGGAUUUCUCUGUGAUGAUGUCUCAUCAUAUUGUGACUUUGAUCCUGAUUGCAUUUUCAUACCUGACAAGGUUCUUCCGUAUAGGAGCUGUUAUUCUUGCAUUGCAUGAUGCCAGUGAUAUAUUCAUGGAAGCUGCAAAGACUUUUAAGUACGCUGAAAUAGAAAUCGGAGCAAGUGUGUCUUUUGGUUUGUUUGCCCUGUCUUGGCUUGUGCUGAGGCUUAUAUACUUCCCAUUUUGGGUCAUAAGAGCAUCAAGUUACCACUCGUGUGAAGUCAUCAACAUGUCGGACCCUUACUAUUGGGGGUUAUACUAUGUCUUCAAUACGAUGUUAUUCACCCUGCUCGGUUUUCACAUCUACUGGUGGAAACUUAUAUGUGCAAUGAUCAUAAAGCAGCUGAAGAGUAAAGGCAAAGUUGGUGAAGAUAUACGAUCAGAUUCAGAAGAUGAUGACUAGUAAGACUAAUCCUUCACAGAGUAGUGCAUGAGCCCGGGAAAAUUUCCCCCUGGUUUCGUAUCAGGUUCGAUUUUGCUAAUCAUUGGUUUACUGAAGAAUUUGAUAGCCGAAAUUCCUACAAACAACACCCUUCUGAUUUCAACUUCCCAUUCAUUUCAUAGGAAAAAAAAAAUGUAGCAUUUUGCCAUUUGAAAAAUAUGUUCUUCCCCUUAGAAUUGAUUGAUGCUUCAUGCAUGAUUUUUCCUGUGAUUAGCGUUAGCCUUCAUGAAAUUGAGCGGAAGAUUUUGCAUUAGUCACCUGAUUCCAACUCAUUGUAUAUAAAUAUCUCACUUUCUCAGUGUUCAGAAUUGUGGUCAAUCUCAUGGUUUAUCUUUUCAUCAUCUUCUAGUGCUGGCUAUUUAAUAUACAUGUUGAGUCUAUGGUUUUCUUUAUUUAGCAGUUAUUCAUUUAUUU